AUAGAACAGUUGUUCAUAGUGAAUACAACCGCGUGCUUUGUUGUUUUGCCUUAAUUUCCUUAAAGCAACCAAGAAAGUGAAGAAACUUGUCACUUGUCAGUUCCUACUAGUCACAUAUAAUAUAUAUAGUUUUCAACAAAAAAACAUGGCUGCAGACUUCGCCAUUAAAAUCCCUACAAGCUUUCCAUCAACAAUGAACACUCGUUCCUCCUUGUUUGCAUCCAUACUCACACUUGCUUUCUUCUUCUUAACAAGUUUGCCACAAUCCUACUCUCAAUUACAAAACCACAAGUACUCUAUUUGCAGCCAAAUAUCAUUCAGUUGUGGAACUCUGAGAAACAUAUCCUAUCCUUUCUGGGGAGGGAACCGACCUCAGUUUUGUGGCCGCAAUGGGUUCAAGCUAACGUGCAUGCACAAUGAAAACACCUCGGUUCAAGUUGGUUCCCAAAGAUUCAACGUACUAAACAUUAACCAAACGGCUUCCACCUUGAGAAUGGUGAGAACGGACCUUGUCUAUGAUCGCUGCUCUUCCAAUUUCACCAACACUUCUCUGAGUGUCAGUCCCUUCACUUUUCUCCCCUCCGUUCAGAAUGUCAUUGUAUUCUACAAAUGCCCUUCUGGGAUUAAUUCAGUUGUGGGAAACACUUUUACGUGCCAGAAUGAUACUAGUAAACAUGUUUUCUAUGUGGUCAAUGGAACUCAGCUGAACCAGUUCCCAGACCUUCACAAGUACUGUGGGGUUAGUCUUCAGGUGCAAGUUUCCCAGGGUGUUGUUUGGGAAAGUGGACUUGGGGUGCUGGAGAAAGGGUUUGAUGUGCGGUACGAUGCAAAGUUGAGUUCUCAGUGCACUGCAUGCAGGGAUUCUGGAGGAACAUGUGGAACCAAUGAGAAUGAUUCGCCUCAGUUCUCUUGUUAUUGCUCCGCUGGAGCUCAUGCUUCAGUCUGCUCUACUCACAAAAAUCAAAGGAAGAACAGAGUGUUGAAGCUGGUUUUAGGUUUCGUUGCUACUGGAUUUGCACUACCUCUAAUAGCUGUCAUCAUAUGCCGUAACAAAGCUAGGAUUUGGAAAUUUAUGUUAAUACAAGUUGGUAAGAUAAAAAGGAAUGAUCGAGUUAUAGAAGCCUUCCUUGAAAGCCAAGGUUCUAUGGGUCUAAAAAGAUACAGUUUCUCUGAUGUCAAGAAAAUGACUGACUCCUUGAAAAUUAAACUUGGAGAAGGUGGUUAUGGUUCUGUAUACAAAGGAAAAUUACUGAAUGGCUGCUCAGUGGCAGUGAAGAUACUGAACGAGUCAAAAGAGAAUGGCGAAGAGUUUAUCAAUGAGGUUGCUAGCAUAAGCAAAACAUCCCAUGUCAACAUUGUCUCUCUCCUUGGAUUUUGUCUAGAUGGAAGCAGAAAAGCUCUCAUCUAUGAGUUCAUGUUCAAUGGUUCACUUGAAAAGUACAUUCACAAGAAAGCAUCAGCUGAAAGCAAAACUACUACCCCAUCCUUGAGCUUGGAGAGAUUGCACCAGAUUGCAAUAGGCAUAGCUCAAGGACUUGAGUACUUGCACAAAGGAUGCAACACUCGGAUUCUGCAUUUCGACAUUAAGCCACAUAACAUCCUUUUGGACGAAGUUUAUCGCCCCAAGAUAUCGGAUUUUGGACUUGCUAAGCUCAGCACAAGAGAUGAAAGCAUCAUUUCAAUGUCAAAUGCUAGAGGGACAGUAGGGUACGUGGCUCCCGAAGUGUUCAGUAAAAGUUUUGGAGGUGUUUCACACAAGUCUGAUGUUUACAGCUAUGGAAUGAUGCUGCUAGAAAUGGUUGGAGGGCAGAAGAACAUGGACAUUGAAGCUAGUCGUUCAAGUGAGAUAUAUUUCCCACAAUUGGUUAUUUAUAAGAAGCUUGAGCAGGGCAAUGAUUUGGGACUGGAUGGUGGGAUAUUGUCCGGUGAGGAAAAUGAGAUAGCAAAGAGAAUGACUAUGGUGGGUUUGUGGUGCAUUCAGACAAUUCCUUCUCAUAGACCUACCAUAAGUAGAGUCAUUGACAUGUUGGAAGGUAGUGUGGAUUCCUUGGAAAUGCCACCAAAACCAUUUCUGUCUUCUCCUCCAAGAUCAUCAACAGAUUUUUCCACUGCAAUAUCCAAAUCACUUGACGGUGUCUAAUGCUGCUGCUGCUGUUCUAUCAAACAUAGUAUACCGUACAACUUUCGGUAUUGGUGAUCAAAGUUAGAGGGUUUAUGGGUCUGUCUUUCAUCAUUCCAUAUAUAUUAAUAUGUAAGUGUCUUCUUUAUUUGGAGAAGGGUGAUGGGCCUCAUGCAUGGGAUACGCAAAAUAAUGCAGCAAUGCAAUAGUUUGUACUUUUCAUAUUCAGAGGAGAGAUCUAUGUUUAUUAACAUUAA